UUUCCCUCCCAGCAGGCUGUGCGACGCGCCGGGCCUCAUCCCCUUUGUGCCAUCCGGGUCUCCAGCCCGAGCCAUUUAGUCUGUGGCGGAGCACCAGGGCGGCCGGUAGUGUUGAAAGCGGCAAGCGAAGGCGCCGCCCAAGCGGCCAGGACUCUGGACUAUGGCGGCUAGUGAUACAGAACGAGAUGGACUAGCCCCAGAAAAGACAUCCCCAGAUAGAGAUAAAAAAAAAGAGCAGUCAGAUGUAUCUGUUUCUCCUAGAACCUCAAAACAUCAUUAUUCAAGAUCACGAUCAAGGUCAAGAGAGAGAAAACGAAAGUCAGAUAAUGAAGGAAGAAAACACAGGAGCCGGAGCAGAAGCAAAGAGCGUGCUAAUGCGCGAAGAGACUGAACUGAAGACGCUGCAGACUCAGAUAGCAAAAUAAUAAGCCUACUUCAUGAUAAGAACCAACUUCUUCUUAAAACAGGCAAGAAGACAUGAAUCCAAAGAUAAAUCCUCUAAGAAACACAAGUCUGAGGAACAUAAUGACAAAGAACAUUCUUCUGAUAAAGGAAGAGAACGACUGAAUUCAUCUGAAAAUGGUGAGGACAGACACAAGCGCAAAGAAAGAAAGUCGUCAAGAGGCAGAAGUCACUCGAGAUCUAGGUCUCGUGAAAGGCGGCAUCGUAGUAGAAGCAGGGAGCGGAAGAAGUCUCGAUCUCGGAGUAGGGAGCGGAAGAAGUCAAGAUCCAGAAGCAGAGAGAGAAAGAAAUCACGAUCCCGAAGCAGGGAAAGAAAACGUCGGAUCCGAUCUCGUUCCCGCUCCAGAUCAAGACACAGGCAUAGAAGUAGAAGCAGGAGCAGGACAAGGAGUAGAAGUCGAGAUAGAAAAAAGAGAAUUGAAAAACCAAGAAGAUUUAGCAGAAGUUUAAGCCGAACUCCUAGUCCACCUCCUUUCAGAGGCAGAAACACAGCAAUGGAUGCACAAGAAGCUUUAGCUAGGAGGUUGGAAAGGGCAAAGAAAUUACAAGAACAGCGAGAAAAGGAAAUGGUUGAAAAACAAAAGCAACAAGAAAUAGCUGCAGCUGCAGCUACUGGAGGUUCCGUGCUCAAUGUCGCUGCCCUGUUAGCAUCAGGGACGCAAGUAACUCCUCAGAUAGCUAUGGCAGCUCAGAUGGCAGCUCUACAGGCUAAAGCUUUGGCAGAGACCGGAAUAGCCGUACCUAGCUAUUAUAACCCAGCAGCUGUGAAUCCAAUGAAAUUUGCUGAACAAGAGAAAAAAAGGAAAAUGCUUUGGCAAGGCAAGAAAGAAGGGGACAAAUCCCAGUCUGCUGAAAUAUGGGAAAAAUUGAAUUUUGGAAACAAGGACCAAAACGUCAAAUUUAGGAAAUUAAUGGGUAUAAAGAGUGAAGAUGAAGCUGGAUGUAGCUCAGUUGAUGAAGAAAGUUAUAAGACUUUGAAGCAACAGGAAGAAGUAUUUAGAAAUCUAGAUGCUCAGUACGAAAUGGCAAGAUCACAAACCCACACACAGAGAGGAAUGGGAUUGGGUUUCACAUCAUCAAUGCGAGGAAUGGAUGCAGUUUGAAAAAGAUCACACUUAACGUUUGGGACUUUAUAGACUUCUGGUUCUGAUAUCAGGUCCUUGUUCACCAAACAGCUAGCAUUCUAGCUUGCAUGAGUGUUGCAUUGAAUUUAAUUUAUUGAGAAAUACGAUUUUUUGUAAAUAUCAGAUCAGUGAUACUGGUGUUAGUGUUGUAAUCAGGUUAAACCCACUUCCAUUAAACUUGACAGGACUAUAGAAGGACAUUAUUUUUUAGUUCGUGAAUUCUACUUUUCAAAUAUAUAAAAGCUGCAGGUGGGAUAAAAAUCUCAUACAUGGAUUUUUCGUGUCCACUGUGUUGUGUACUUUUGUACUUAACCUUGUACAGUUAUUUUCAUCUCUUGAAACAUGAAAAAAACGUUAUGUAGAUGUUCUUUAGAAGAUCUGGCCAUUUGGUACAAAAUCCAGCACAAAUAAGCUGGGUGGUGAUGAUAAUAAAAAUGGUUUUCUCAAAACUGGUGUUAAUUUAAGUUACCUGGAAUUCUUAUUUGAAUUUAUGGUUGCUAUUAGAAAACACUGGCUAAAAAUUCCUUUUAAAAAAAGUUAAUUACUAUUGGCAAUACCAUGCUGAGCAAAAAUGUAAAAGGAAGAUGGGAGGAAUAAACGAAUUUAUUAAAAUAGUACUGUUUUCCUAUUAUAAGGGACAGAAUUGGUGUACAGUAUUUGUUAAAUAUUCCAUAUGUUAUUCAGGAAAUAGAUUAAUUCAUUAAAGGGAUGUAAGCACUUUUAUUUUAAUAAAGUGCCUUAUAACAAA